GUCGCAAAGUGACGUGGAAACGCUUUUAUUUAUUUUAUUUUUGCUGAUUUUUUAGUGUGAUGUCACUUCCUACCACUUCAUCUCCCUUCUCCAUCCUACAUGCUCUACCUUCCCUCGGGAUAUAGCCCACCGAGCUUCUCGUGAGUCAUGUGACCACGCUCGAUCUCCCCCCGCGCCAGGACCAUCACACGCACACAGUGAAGAGACGAACGCCAAUGAGAAGCUCGACAGGCGAGGAGGACUUCAACCAACCAGAAGAGGUAGAGGAGUCAAGCGUGGGGGGUGGUAGUGGAAGAGGAGUGUGGGUGGGGGGGCUUCUCCCUGAAUGAAGGAAGCUCUCCGGGAUGAUCGCGUUCCCCCUGGCCGCCAUGGAGCAACGCGAGGAAUGAGGGCGGAUGGUGAGGGCAGAAAGCAGCAGCAGCAGCAGCAGUGGAGGCGGAGGAGGAGGCGAGGGCGUAGGUGGCCCCGGAGGUGCGGGCGCGAGGGGGGGCGGACGGCGCGCAAGGUGGCGCCGACGCUCCGGCAGGAGGCGGCCGUCGGCCAAUGACAAGAUGGCGCCCGCCGCCAAGAAGCUGGAGUGUUUUUCACCCGUGUUGUGCCACUGCAAAGUGGCGUGCACCAACAGCACUGUCUCGCUCAUGUUUGGAUGCAAGAAGUACCGGCACCAUGAUGAGGACUCGUCGCCUCCGGAGGACCAGAGCUCCCCGCAGCUCACGGAGGAGGCGGGCGCUCCGGAGCUGGUCCAGGUGGCCGAGAAGAACCUGUCACAGAUCGAGAAUGUGCACGGAUACGUCACCCAUGCGCACAUCUCCCCGAUGAAGGUGGCAUCGCUGGAGUGUGUGUUCGAUGGGUCACCAUCGUUAGGACUCGAUCGGCCGGAGCUCCCCUCCUCCCCCGCACCCUCUUCCCUCUACCCUCACGGUGAUGACAGCCCCCUCCCGUCCUGCUCCUCCAACCCUUACCCCCCUGUCCAGGCCAACCCUCCUCCUGUGCUGAUCAACGCCGACAGCCUGGACACGCCCCCUUAUGUAAACGGCACCGAGGCCGACUACGAGUACGAGGAGAUCACGCUGGAGAGGGGUAACUCAGGCCUGGGCUUCAGCAUUGCGGGAGGCAUCGACAACCCCCACAUCGGCGAGGACCCCAGCAUCUUCAUCACCAAAGUCAUCGUGGGGGGCGCCGCCGCGCAGGACGGACGCCUCAGGGUGAACGACGUGAUCCUGCGCGUGAACGACGUGGACGUCCGCGACGUGACGCACAGUCGCGCCGUGGAGGCGCUGAAGGAGGCGGGCUCUCUGGUGCGACUGUACGUGCGGCGCCGGAAGCCGAUGGGCGACAAAGUCAUGGACAUCAAACUCGUCAAGGGCCCCAAAGGUCUGGGCUUCAGCAUCGCCGGGGGCGUGGGCAACCAGCACAUCCCGGGCGACAACAGCAUCUACGUCACCAAGAUCAUCGAGGGCGGCGCCGCCCACAGGGAUGCGCGGCUGCAGAUCGGGGACAAGCUUCUGGCGGUCAACAGCUGCUGUCUGGAGGAGGUGACCCACGAGCACGCCGUCACGGCCUUGAAGAACACGCCUGACGUGGUCUACCUCCAAGUGGCCAAGCCCAACAACGUCUUCAUCGGCGACACUUUGGACUCGCACCUCCUCGACAGCCCGUUCGCUCAGCACCUGGAAAAUCAUAUCAACGCCCCCAACUUCUUGUCUCAGCCCCUCCCUCCACCAGCCGCAUCCGGACGCUACUCACCGACGCCCAAGGGCAUGUUGGGAGAUGACGACGUCUCACGCAGGGAACCCCGCAAGGUAGUCCUGCACCGCGGCACCACGGGACUGGGCUUCAACAUCGUGGGCGGCGAGGACGGCGAAGGCAUCUUCAUUUCCUUCAUCCUGGCCGGAGGACCCGCCGACCUCUGCGGGGAGCUGAGGAAGGGCGACCGUCUCGUCUCCGUGAACGGCGUAGACCUCCGCAGCGCCACGCACGAGCAGGCUGCCGCCGCGCUCAAGAACGCCGGGCAGACGGUCACCAUCAUGGCGCACUACAGGCCUGAGGAGUACGGCCGCUUUGAGGCCAAGAUCCACGACCUGAGAGAGCAGAUGAUGAACAGCAGCAUCAGCUCCGGAUCGGGAUCUCUCAGGACCAGCCAGAAGAGGUCGCUCUACGUCAGGGCACUGUUUGACUACGACAGGACUCGGGACUCGGGUCUUCCCAGUCAGGGCCUCAACUUCAAAUUUGGGGACAUCCUGCACGUGGUUAACGCUUCCGAUGACGAGUGGUGGCAAGCGCGUCACAUGACGGCCCCCGGAGAUGUCCAAGAGGUCGGCGUUAUACCCAGCAAGAGGAGAGUGGAGAAGAAAGAGCGAGCGAGGUUGAAGACGGUCAAGUUCAACCCGAAGUCUCGAGAGCGAGGGCCGUCGGGCGACAAGCGUAGAAAAGGCGUGUUGGCCAGGUCCUUCCUGUUCGGGAAGAGUCGCGACGGCGGCGGCGAGCAGGACAGCAGCGACGUGGAGCAACACGCCACGUCCAACGCCAGCGAUAGCGAAAGCAGCUACCCAGGUGGCCAGGAGGAGUUUGUCCUGUCGUACGAAGCCGUCACCCAACAGGAAGUGGGCUACGCACGACCGGUCAUCAUCCUGGGACCCAUGAAGGACCGCAUCAACGACGACCUCAUCUCGGAAUUUCCGGACAAGUUUGGGUCGUGUGUCCCACACACCACACGACCCAAACGGGACUACGAGGUGGAUGCUCGAGAUUAUCACUUUGUGGCAUCCCGCGAGCAGAUGGAAAAGGACAUCCAGGAGCACAAGUUCAUCGAAGCGGGACAGUACAACAACCACCUCUACGGAACCAGCGUCCAGUCGGUGCGAGAGGUCGCAGACAAGGGUAAGCACUGCAUCCUGGAUGUGUCGGGCAAUGCCAUCAAGCGCCUGCAGGCGGCGCUGCUUCAUCCCAUCGCUGUCUUUAUCAAACCCAAGUCCGUCCAGAACAUCAUGGAGAUGAACAAGCGUUUGACGGAGGAACAAAGCAGGAAGACGUUUGAGCGAGCCGCCAAGUUGGAACACGAGUUCACGGAACAUUUCACAGCCAUCGUGCAGGGCGACACCCUGGAAGAGAUCUACGAGCAGAGCAAGCAGAUCAUCGAGGAUCAUUCAGGAUCGUUGAUCUGGGUGCAGUCCAAGGAGAAGCUAUGAACACGAUGACUGCUUUUGGGAACAUCCCCCAAACCCCCCACCCCACCCACCGCCUUGGAGCUUGAAGGGGCGUGGCCAUGCAUCAGCCCCACCCUUCCCUCUGCUCACAUUAACCCUUUAACGAGCCCAGGUGAGAGGGAGGAGUCAUCUUAACCACUUUCACUGACGACACAGCCGGCACUCUUUCUUGUGGCGCGCUUUCGUGCGACGGCCCGCGGCGGCGGCCAGAGACAAGUUGAACUUCCUCAGCUGCCUAUUUUCGUAUAAACAAAAACUACAAAGUCUAUAUUGAUCGGCAUUAUUAUCACCAUAGAAGAUUUCAAUAUGAUCACUUCCUGUCUUAUUUUUCUUUUUUUAACCAAAUAAAAGUGCAAGCAGGAAGCGCCUUCUGUUUGUGUUUCCAUGGAGACAAGCA